CAGACGUCACGGAUGGGGAUCCAUUCAUAGUGUAUCCAGUUCCGUUUUGUGUUGGUCCUUAGGUCAUUGUGAUAUAAUAGCAAAUUUAAAAAAUUAGCCGUGAAAAGUGUAACAUUAAAAUAAAUUAUAACAACAUGGCGAUGCUAAAGUUAUCUUCUUCCAUUGUUGCCUAUAUUAUAUUGCUGACAUCGCAUCUGUUUUCGGUGUCGUGUAGAACUUUAGAUGAACUCAUUGCCGGCGCCUCAGAAACAAGUAGCUUCUAUCUUGCAGACAUGGAGGCGGCGACUGUCAGGCAUGAACUGGACAUGAUACUGACCUUGGAACAAUACCACGCGCUAUAUGAAUCUGGCAGCGAUGGGAGCAGACAGAAAAGAAAAGCCGUAAGAGGGACAACCUACCUAUGGCCUAAAAAGGAGAUACCGUACAGAAUUGUCUCCAACACUUUCAGCGAGAAUGACAUGCUAGCGAUCAAUGCUGCUAUCGCCGAGUGGCAGAACUACACAUGUCUCACCUUCAGAAGGGCCACCAGCUCCGAAAACAACUACGUCAGUAUUAACAACGGCGGCGGAUGCUAUUCUAACGUGGGGAUGAUCGGUGGGCCCCAGACCUUGGGGCUCGCUGGAGGUUGUAGGGUCAAAGGCAUCAUUGUUCAUGAGCUGGGCCACGCGGUCGGGUUCCACCACGAGCAGAACCGCCCCGACAGGGACGACUUCGUGACGAUUAACGAGACGAACAUCCAGGCGGGACUGAUGAACAACUUUAAGAAAUAUCCGGUGGAGGCGGUGGACACGCACGGGGUGCCUUACGACUACAGGAGUGUCAUGCACUAUGGAGGCUACGCAUUCUCCUUCAAUGGGCACCUUACCAUCAAGACCAAAGAUCCGCAGUAUCAAAACGUCAUAGGCAACCGCGAUGGUAUGAGCUUUUUCGAUAUUAAAUUGGCUAACCUGAUGUACAAAUGCAGCGAAUCCUGCGGCAACAUCCAAUGCCCCGAGCCUGGGUUCCCGGGCAAAGACUGCAGAUGCUGGUGCCCAGGAAGACCUAUUCAACAGUGCGAAAGCACCGGGGUCGUGCAGACAACGCCCAAGCCCGUGACAUCCACCACAUCCAACGCGUCAGCCUGCGUCGACAUGAACAAGUACUGCCAGCCCUGGGCUGAGGCCGGCUACUGCAGGACCAACACUUACGUCAAGACCUACUGCAGAGCCUCAUGUCGGAGCUGUGAGCCCGGAUCCGGCUCGGUCAGCAGCGACUGCAAAGACAUCAAGAAAAAUUGCGCAGAGCUUAAGAGAAGAGGCAUGUGCACCGGAUUCUACACCAACUUCAUGAGGACCAACUGCCAAGCUACAUGCAACAUGUGUGGCAGCUUUAUAAAUAUUGACACUAAGCCUAAAGAAGAAAAUACUGGCGCCAAACUCAUAGCUUCUAGCCUGGUGCCUAUUGUUGUCUGUUGGUUUCUGACCUUGUUGUGACCCUUGACUUAGAAAUAUAUUUUUUCAGAAAUGUUCAUAUAUAUUUAAAAAAAAACACUUUUAUCUUAUUUCUUUUACAUGCAUUUAUUUUUAUAAUUGAAAUGUGUGUCAUAUACCGUUAAAGUCUACCAGAAUCAGCUCUUACUAAGUGAGAGGGGCGACCUCUGAAGGCUCCUCCAGGGCGUUAAACGAAUUUAUAAUGCAAGAAUCAUUUCCUGUUGGCAGAACUGGAAUUAAGCUAGACCAGGGGUUCUCAACCUGUGGGUCGCGACCCCCUUGGGGGUCGAUUUACCAUUUGCAAGGGGUCACCUAAGACCAUCGAAAAUAUGGAUUAGUAUUGUCUACUUUUCUAUUGCUGUAUGUGUGUGUGUGUGUGGGGGGGGUCGCGGCAGAGUGGGGGAUUGUAAAAAUGGGUCGCUGAGUUUAAAAGGUUGAGAACCGCUGAGCUAGACAAAUCGUUAUAGAAGGCUUGAACACUUACCUGCUACGUCACAGCCUGGAGGCCAGUAGCUCGUUUCCACGUCAGAGGUCUAUACGACGUGGCGACGAACUAUUGGUCUACACUGAGCGCCACUAUGACAAAUGAUCUCGAUUUCAGGAAGGGCAUGCCAAGGCAACUACCUCGAGGAAUCCAAAAACUCUCAAAUAGAGAUAACAAAAUAUGCAAUUUUCGAGUAGUGGAAAAUUUUUACGUUUUUCUAAAAAAAAAUUUCGUUCGCAUUUUUACUGACAAUAUUUGAAAUCUUAUGGUUACCAACACUGUUGAUUUAUGGCAUUGCCCCAACCAAAGGCUCUACCCUCCUUAUAUGGCAUGCUUUUAGAUAUGAGUAGUAUUAUGAGUAUUAUUAUUAAUUAAUGGAUUUUUAUUAAAGCUUUCAUAAAAGCCUAUUAAAAUCCGGCCUUGCCAGUUGGCGUGUUCUUAUGACCACACCAUUCUACUGGCCCAAGACACCCGAAAAGCUUUUUAUAAAAUAUGAACAAGAAAGAGGGUUGUUUUUUUAGGCUGUAUUGGAUAUUUUCAUGAUAAAGUGUCAAUUCUAAACAAUGACAAGAGCGUAAUAAUAAUAAUAUAAACACAGACCUAUAUAUAUUAUACCUAGACUGGAAAACGGAAACAAAGUCUUAUCCGAUGAUGAUCAGAUCACAGACCUAUAUAUAUAUAUAUAUAGAUUGUUAUGUACGUAACUCUUUUUCAAGCUGUACGGGAAGUCGCCCCGUUGUCUCGUGAGUUACAAUGUUAGUCAAUGUGUUGCUAUAUGUUUCAAGAAUAGCGUUGAUGUGCUCUGAGUGUGAGUCCGCGUUGAAUGUCAGGCGUGGAGCAAAAGUUUCAAAGUUAUAUAAGAAAAUAAAGUAAAUGACAAGAAUUAA